AUGAACAACCCUUUCAGAAGAUUGUCGCUGUCUAGUGACGACGACCCGUUUGAUGUGCCUGAAAACUACUACGGUGCAAGCACUAACCCUGCUCAGGCGCCUAAGGACUCCCGGUUUGGUAGGGUCAGGACGUUUUCUGUGUUUGAGGCGAAAACAAACCGCUUGAACAGUUUGCGGUCGCCUACCAUGUCGACUUCGUCUACUGAUGACGCUUUUGAUGACCGCCUGUCGCUGGCAACGUCUCCUACGCCAGAGGCUACCGCUGCGGCUCAACCACCGGCUGUGGAGAACCUCAGAAGAGGCCUGAUUGUGCCCAUGUACCAUGAUACUACCAGUACGGACUCUUUGGGAGGCCCUGCUAAGCCUGUGGAGAUUGAAAAACCUAUUACCAAGAGAAGAGCUUCUUUGGACCUGUCGAUCUUGUCCCCUAAGAAGUUCUACAUUAACGAUAUUGAUAUGACGCUUAAGGAGCUUUUGCAGAACGAGGACACUGACCAUAAUUUCCAGAUCACGAUUGAGGAUCUGGGCCCUAAGGUCUUGAAUUUGGGAACGGCUAACUCUAACGGUUAUAACCAGUUUGCCGUGAGAGGUACUUACCAGCUUUCCAACCUUCUUCAGGAACUUACCAUUGCUAAACGUUUUGGCAGAAACCAAAUGAUCUUGGAUGAACAGCGGCUCUGUGAGAACCCUGUCAGAAGAAUGAAACGUCUUAUUCUGACCCAGUUCUGGAGGGCUCUCACCAGAAAGCUCACUAAGGAUAACAUUGUUGAAAUGGCCCGUGACACCAAGAUCGUUGAGGAGUACGUAAACGAGGAGGGCGUGCUCAUCAGAAACGCUGAGUCCGUCCGCUUGUAUGUGCCUCAUAAUAGAGAAGAUCAGUUCAAAUACUUUAGCACUAUCAAGGAGGAGAACCCAGAUAUCACCUUGGAUGUCCAGUACCUUCCAGAAAAGAUCGACGCCAACUUCAUCAAAUCCAUCAAUAAGAAGCCUGGUCUUUUGGCUUUAGAAGGUAAGCCAAAUCCUAAUGAAAAAGGCGAUCUUCUAAACGAGCCAUAUGUUGUUCCUGGUGGCAGAUUCAACGAACUCUACGGUUGGGACUCAUACAUGAUUGUCCUUGGUCUUCUUCUAGAUGCUACUGCCGAGGACCAGAGAAACUUGGAGUUGUCCCGUGGUAUGACCGAAAACUUCAUCUAUGAGAUCAACUACUACAAUAAAAUCUUGAAUGCCAACCGUUCAUACUUUUUGGGCCGCUCCCAGCCCCCAUUCUUGACUGACAUGGCUCUUCGUGUCUAUGAGAGAACUAUCGAACUCAACCCUAGGGGCGUUGAGGAUGCUCUUGAUUUCUUGAAGAGAGCCACCGUUGCUGCUAUCAAAGAGUAUGACACUGUUUGGUGCUGCAAGCCACGUCUUGACGAACGCACUGGCCUUUCUUGCUACCAUCCAGAAGGUGAAGGUGUUCCUCCUGAGACGGAGGCAUCGCACUUCAAUGCUAUCCUUGCACCUUACGUGAAGAAGCACGGAGUUACCCAACUUGAGUUCAUUGAUAUGUACAACAACAAGGAAGUGCAUGAGCCUGUUUUGGAUGAGUACUUCUUGCACGACAGAGCCGUGAGAGAAUCAGGUCAUGACACGUCCUACAGAUUGGAAGGUAAAGCAGCUUACUUGGCCACUGUUGAUUUGAACUCGUUGCUCUACAAGUACGAAGCUGAUAUUGCAAAGAUUAUAGAGGAACACUUCGGUGGAGAAUUGCUUGAUCCUCGUACAGACAUUGUCCACACCCCAGCACAGUGGCGCGAGAGAGCUGAACUUCGACAGAAGAGAAUGGAUGAGUACUUGUGGGAUGAAGAAGACUCGAUGUACUAUGAUUACCACAUCAAAGAGCAUAAGAAGAACAAGUAUGAGUCUGCUACGUGCUUCUGGCCAUUGUACUCGGGCGCUGCAAGCGAGCAUCAAGCCGAUAAGCUUGUUCGUAACUCACUUCAGAAGUUUGAAGAGGAUGGAGGACUUGUGUCAGGAACAGAGAGUUCUCGUGGAGAGGUGAGCAUCAACAGACCUUCGCGUCAAUGGGACUACCCAUUCGGCUGGGCCCCACAACAAAUGUUGGCAUGGAUCGGCUUGAACAACUACAACUAUAACGGAGCAGCCAGACGCCUUGCUUAUAGAUGGCUUUACAUGAUGACUAGAGCCUUCGUGGACUACAACGGUGUUGUCGUGGAAAAAUACAAUGUGCUUGAGGGAGCCGUUCCUCACCGUGUGACAGCAGAAUACGGCAACCAAGGUGCCGACUUCAAGGGUGUGGCUACGGAAGGUUUCGGAUGGGUCAAUGCCAGUUACCUUUUCGGGCUCACCUUCUUGAACUUGCAAGCACAAAGAAGUCUUGGUGCCUUGAUCCCACCAGAUGUGUUCUUGAAGAACUUAAACGAAUCUCAGAAAGAGCUCUACACAUAG